UAUCGUCUUUCCUCUUCCUCUUCUGUUGUAUUUGUAUCUAUUCUUCACUAUUUGAAGUGACGAGCUAUACAGUAUACACCCACACAACACCCGGUUGAAUACUUGCCACGUCACCCUAAUAUAUAUCUUUGCAAUAUUCUUGCUGCUGCAUAUGAGCCGAAUUGUUGAUAUUACACACAACUAUUUUUAUUCUUCUUCAUUAACAUUAUUAUUCAAAUCAAAACCACCUUGUUAUCACUAUCCUCAUGUUACAUUUAACAAUCCAGCACUUAAAUCCUCAUUACAAGUUAAUACUUCAGAGGUGGUGGGAUUAAAUCAUGUAGUUACUGAUACUACAUGUUCACGUUCACUCAAGGCGAAAGAAGACAAUGUGAAGGGUUUUGAUGCACUUCCAUAUGUGAGAUGUCUUAGUGAAUUUCAAAAUGAUGAACUUAUGGGGAAAGUAGUCAUGGUUAGGUUCGAUUCGAACGUCUUACUUGCAGAAAAGCAGGACCAACAUGCUCAAGUAUUUGUGACCGCUGUUUCGACCAUUAAGUACUUGCACGAAGCUGGUGCAAAGGUGGUUUUAGUGAGUAGUUGGUCUCUGAAAACCAAUUCAAAGCUUCAUUCGGUAGAUUCUGUUUCAGCAUAUAUAUCAUCCAUUCUUAAACUAAGAGUUGUACCAAUGAAGUUUAUUCGUGAAUGUGACCAGCAUAAGAUGGAAGACUCCUUGGAAGGAAGUAUAUUUCUUCUCGAAAAUCUUUCCCAAUUUAAAGGUGAGAAAGCAAAUUGUUCAAGAUUCGCAGAACAGUUAUGCUCGGGGGUUGAUAUCUUCAUAAACGAUGCGUUUUUCCAGUCACAUAAGGUUCUUGCAUCAACUGUUGGUGUGACAUCUUUCUGCUAUGCAUCUCUUGCUGGUUUCCAGUUUGAGGAGGGUCUGUUACAGCUCAAGAAAGCAUUUGGGACACAAAAGAAGCCGUAUAUUAUGAUGGUUGGGGGAGGUAACCUUGUAGAAAAAGCAGCUGCUGUGCAUUAUUUAGUUUCUAGCGCUGAUGGUUUGAUAUUUGUUGGAAAUAUGGCAUUUCAAAUAAUGCAUGCUCUUGGAUUAUCGGUACCUAGAAAUUUGGUGGAGGCUGGAGCGUUUAAAGAAGCUAUUAGGAUAAUACAAUUUGCAAAUUCCAGGAAUAUUCCAAUCUUAUUACCAAAAGAUUUUUGGUGCCUCAAUGAUCAUCUUAAGAAGCCGGAGAUAGUUCCUGCUCAUGGCAUCCUUGAAGGUUGGUCCCCUGUUGCUCUCGGGCCAAAUUCAUUGGAUGAAAUAACCACCUUCCUUUCAAAGUCCAAGAAAAUUUUGUGGAUUGGUCCUGUUAAGUUUGGCUUGUCAAUUCAAGAUAGCAACGGGACCUCCAUAUUGGCAAAACUGCUUGGAAGAUUGAGUGAAGGAAAUUGCGAUAUUACAGUUGUUGGUAAUAUGGCAUGUCAAGCUUUAACAGUGGAAUCAAUGGUUUCUUCAUCUUGCAACAUCAUUGGUAAUGCUUCGGUUGUAUGGGAGUUUCUCAAGGGAAGAAAGCUUCCUGGGCUUAUGGCUUUAGAUAAAGGAUACCCAUAUAGUAUUGAUUGGCAUGAAAUUUAUGAUGAUCCAACACGGCCUUUGCUAGUUGAUAUAGGAAGUGGUAAUGGAUUGUUUCUCUUUGGAAUGAUGAGAAAGAAGAAAGAUAUGAAUUUUCUUGGACUGGAGAUGAAUGGGAAGCUUGUAAAGCGUUGUCUGGAUGCUGUUCACCAAUCUGCCUUGAAAAACGGCUACUUCAUUGAAACAAAUGCAACAUCAACAUUUCGUUCAAUUGUUUCGGGUUAUCCUGGGGAACUAGUUCUUGCAUCAAUACAGUGUCCAAACCCCGACUUCAAUAAACCAGAACACAGGUGGAAAAUGGUGCAACGUUCGCUUAUUGAAGCUAUCGAGGAUCUUUUGUCCUCCGAGGGAAAGGUUUUUCUUCAAUCUGAUAUAGAAGCUGUUGCAUUGAGGAUGAAACAACAAUUUUUGAUGUAUGGCAAUGGGAAGUUCACCAUCGACCACCAAGAAGAAUGGCUGAUGGAAAACCCAUUUGGGGUCGAGUCAGAUUGGGAACAACAUGUUCUGCGACGUGGAGUUACCAUGUACAGAUUAAUGCUCUCGAAAUCAAUAAGAUAAUAGAAGUAUCAAAUGUGAUACCCCCAAUUCUAAUUUAAUUAGAUUCAUGUGGCGACCACUUCAAUGUAUUUAAGGUUAUACUACUAACUAAACACGAGAGUAUAUGGCUAAGCCAAAAAUAUUGAUCCAACACUUAAAGACUUAACAUGAAUCGAUGCUUCACCCUGUUGACAA